UAAGGAAGACAAGACACAAGUAGUCGGCUUGAUGAAGUUUGUAAACACAAAAACACGUUGAAAAAUCCACUACAGAGUGUAUAAAAAUUGUUUAUAAUGUGAAAAUGUGACUGAGACUGAAUCCAGCGAGUUAUUGGAGAUAAUUUUAAUAUUUUUUAUCACUGAAUAAUCCAGGGACUUGUGAAUCGAGUGGUGAAGGAUUGAGCUGUCUCUAUGAGGAGGCUUCCACUGAAGAAAACACGAUAUCGUGAUGCCGAUUUUACGUAGACUGUGGAUUGCCAUUAUCUUGUGCUCUCUGGUGACGUUUAAGACUCCAGAGGCUAAGGACGAUGGAAUUGUCGAGUGUCAAUUGGGUAGAGCUAUUAGAAAACAGGUUAAACCCACGCCACUGGGUGGAAUGUGCCUCAAGGACAUCGUAGCAGCGCUAUCGCAGGUCCUCAGAUCGAUUGGUAAUGAUGAGCUGGGGCUCACGGAGUUCCAGGAGAUGAUGGAUAAAUUGGAUUUUGUCAGCAUUCCUGAUAAACCAGAUGAUGCAUUGAGAACUCUUACUGACAGCAUCAAUGCAAAACUAGAGAUUUUUCUCGAUAUUUUAGAGAAAAGUUUGAAUCUUGUACUUCCAAUACUCGAGGGAGAUGCCUAUCAUGGAGAUCAGGCUGGAAUCAGACGGGAUGACAUCAGCCGUAGGGAGAAAUCAGUGGAUUUGUGUUCAGUUAUUGAAAAUGAGCUCGCAAUGAAGUUAAAAACCUCCCGAUGGAAGCAUCUGCGCGUUCUCCCAUUCCUCCACCGUCCAGGGGUUAUUUGCGGCCAGGCAGGACCAGUCCGCAACAUCGGCUCGUUAUUUCUAUCCCAGUGUGACAGACCGAAGAAUGUAAUCGUGCUAAUGGAACAUGGAACCUUUAUGUCAGAUGAAGACAUAUCACUAGCUCGUGCCACUGCCAAGACAAUCGUUGACAUGCUCUCAGACUCAGACUCCGUGACGAUAAUUGGUUUGGCAGGUCGAGGAUUUGUCCAUUGCAAAAAUGGACUCGUGAAGUCAACGGAUGUCAACAAAUUUCAACUAAUCCGACGAAUCGAUGCGACAAUGAGAACAGACUCUAACGAGUCUCUUAUAUUAGACCUGGACAGACUCACACAAAACGUUUCAGGGAACGUUGUCGUUGUCCACGUGACCAAUACCCUGAAAGAUAUCUCCAACGUGACAAAAAUCGUGAAAACAAUUUCUUCAAAGCACGUUACCGUUCACCUACGAACAGUCUUAAUUCUCUCUAAUUUGAAACCCCACGUUGCAGUGGAGGAAACAUCAGUCAACUCCAGUAUUAUCACACUACCCACUCACAAUAUCCUGGGGUAUGACAUCGCGAGGCUAUUCUCCAGCUUGGAGUGUCCCACCAUUAACAAGAAGGAUUACUACCUCUCAGACUCAUACCUGGAGACCUAUCCCUACGGAAAAAUGAUGACUCUCUCCAUCAACAGAGUUUCCGAGACAGCCCUGGUGUCUCUCGACAUCAAACUUCACGAGUUUGUCAAUGAGAUCACGUACUUCAACGCAGGAUCCUUCACGCGGGGAAUUUUAUUCGAUAAAAAAGGAAUUGUCCUGAUGCACAAGAGUUUCCCGAGGAUUGAGAGCUUAUCAGAGCAACCCCUCAAGGUUUACUUGAGAGAUAUCGAGAACGUGGACGAACGCGUUGUGAUGGAGAUGAUAGAGCAGCCAACUGGACGGAUGGGAGUGCUCAAUAAAUUAGGGAUCAGUGUUACACUAAGAUGGAAACAUCUGAAGUAUCUUGAUCUUAUCGUCUGUGUGGUAACCGAAGAGACUAAUACCACCUCCUCCCGACCUGUGGCUAAAUUUCUCCCCCAAUUACCUGAUAAUCUUCUGCACCAUCGAUUGGACACUGUUUCUCAGAACUCUGUUGACUUGUGUAAUUACAAGGGGCACAUUCAGAGUCUCUCUCAUGCGGUUGUUUAUCUCUCCCAGUGGUCGUUAAAACCACCCCUUGGGGAUGAAGGUAAUCGGGUGACUCCCCAGAGUUACAUGGCUUACAUCAAAGACACCACAGGAUUAUUAGCGAAUCCUGGAUUGAGUUCAUCGGUUAGGAAAGACGUAGCAACGAUUUCUCAGAUUCUUGGACAUUUCAAAAAGAGACACGAAAAGAGUUCCUUUGGAAAAUUCAUCGUGAGAAGGUACGUGACAGCAGUUGAGUCUGGAGUGGUUGAGGUAUACCCUGGAACAUCUUUGGAGUCUGGAUUUGAUCCAAAGCGAAGGGUCUGGUACACAAAGGCCCUGGAGCAUCCAGGUAAAAUCGUUCUUUCAGGGCCCUAUCUGGAUGCUGCUGGGGCUGGUUACGUUCUGACCUUGAGCCAAACCAUCUUCGAGGGUCGACGAGCUGCCCUUCAUACUCAGGGUGAUCCUGUCGUUGCCAUUGCCUCAAUGGAUAUCACCAUGGGAUACAUGGCUAAGGUCAUCAAGGACAUGUUGGAGUUCUGCAAUGAGUCCACUAUCAAGUGUUUUUUGAUGGACGACAGAGGAUAUCUAGUCUCCCAUCCAGCGCUCUUCGAGCCUGGAACUCCAAAACUCCUUCAACAACAGCACUUAACUCGUCAGGAACUUCUAGUCUCCACUGACAUUCUCAAUCACGAGAUGUCCGUCAAGAAGAAGGUCUGCGUUAAUCAUUUGGAUGGAACUGUCCAGAGGUACUAUCAAUUCAACACCUCUUUGGAUCACGUUCUGACAAAUAUAAUUCAUGGAGAGCAUUGUGUUAAGUAUCAGAUGGCAGCGAUUCCAGGGACUAAUCUUUUCUUUGGAGUUGUCAAUGAAACUUGUGCACUAGAGGCAUUUUGUCCCUGCAGUACAAUGGACAGAACAUGCCUUAACUGCUAUAGGAUGGAGCAGACUGAGUGUGAAUGUCCCUGUGAGUGCUCUCUGUAUGCAGAGGGCUGCCAACGAGCAAAUACCAGCAGUAGCUUGGAGCCUUGUAUGCCAGCUUUCGAGCAAGGAACCUCCAGGAACGAACCCACUGCCUCUAACUGGGGAAGAUCAUCCUUGUAUGUUCAACAGUUGGGUAUAGCCCAAUGUCCAAUGCCCGAUUGCAAGACUUACGAAACAGAGAGUGACUGUUUGGGAAUAUUUGGUUGCCAAUGGUGCUCCAUUGAUUCAGAUGGAGAGUCUUCUCUGGCAUCUCCAUUCUGCUCAGAUACUUAUCUUUGUUUCAAGGGAGUUCUAGGAUCAUUAUUCCCAUAUGCAGAUGGUACUUAUAAUUCUCAGUCCAUGGGGGAUGUCACUGGCAAGGAGUGGCCAUCAGUUGGACCUGUCGCUGGUGGAAUUCUCGCUGUUGUUCUGAUUUUUGGAAUCAGUUUAUUCUGCUAUCGGCUUCACAGUGUUCAGACUGGUCUCGAGCAUCAGUGCCUUCAUCUUCAUGGAUCUCCAGAUACUUUGAGAAUGACUCAUCUUGAUUUGGGACUGGGAGGGGGUGGAAGUGGGAGGGAUCCAGAGCCCGUUGAGUUGGACCGACCGAAAAAUCAUCUGGAGGCAUUGCUGCUGGAGAAUGGACCGCCCGUUUCUCCGUACAGGGUGUCAACCAAUUAUAGGAGGCCUGCUGGAGGUGACAGUGAUCAUGGAUAUAGCACUAUGACCCCUCAUGAUGAUAAUGAGCAGCAGUCCUUUGCAGAACCACUCUUACUUGUUGGGGGUGGUAAUGAACCGGAGUCGGUCAGAAGAUCGAUCGUAUCAUCGCCGAGUCCAAUCACCUGCCUCGAGUCUCCUCAUCGGGUACUCGCACCAGUCACCGUCCAUCGGAAUAUGGAGACUAAUUAUUGUUAGGGUUUAAAAAAUUCCCAUUCAUUCCCAUUGAAUCGUUCAUUUAUCUGUAGAUCAUUGAUUACAUGUGUUACUCGUUUCUCGGUGAUGUCCCAAGUUGAUAUGCAAUCUGCUAUUUUUUUUAUUGUGAAUGGUAGUGAUUUUAUCGUUAAAUUUAUGGAUAGUGUUUUUUUUUUAAAUAGAAUGAGGUUUAGAACGGGGAGGUCUUAGAACAAGUGCCAAUGAACAAUAUUUAUAAGAUUAUCAAAUUUCGAACACAGACUGACGGAGAGGCGAAAUUUUGUAAAAUAUUUUUUUAAUACGCAUACAGACACAAUUUUUAUAAUAAUUUUUUACUAUGAAACAUUUAUCGAGAGUUUAUAGGGAUGGAGUUGUGGAUGAAAAUGUCGUAAACAUUUCAUUGUAAUUUUUUACUUGAUAUAAAAAAAUUGAGGUAUUGA